UGGACUUCAUCACCUAGCACUAAUCUGCUGAUACGCACAAUGCUGACUCAGCCAGAGUUGAAAUGCAAUUUGUUUGCCAUCAACCCAUUUGGCAUCCGUCUGAACUUCAAGUCCAGCCUAUCUGACAGACAUUGACAGACCGCGUGCGCCCUCCUGCCCUGGACAAGAUGCUAGGAGGAGAUUGAUAAGCCUCUUACACUAAUGCACCUGUUGCUGAGAGAGCACACCAAGGAAGCUCCAUGCACGCGUGUUUGGGAAUUUGAUAAGACAAAAAAAAAUGUGUGCGACACGUUCGAGUGCACACUGAGGGUGUAGAUGAGAAGAUGCUUGUAAUGUGCUUAAUCUUUUGACACCUCGGGUGUCUGCUGUAUGUUACCUGCUGAGACAUGGCUGGGGACAUUGCUGCGCGGUGGGACGUAGAGCUAAGUGAUGGCAUUUACCGGAUUGAAUUUGAACAUGGGACCACAACGGGAAAACGUGUCAUCUACAUCAAUGGAAAGGAGGUGUUGAGGAGAGACUGGAUGUUCAAGCUGGUGGGGAAGGAGACCGUAGGAGUCACGGAGGCCAAGGCCACCAUCCACAUCGAGGCCAUCGGCGGCUUCGCCUACGAGUACUCUCUCAACAUCAACGGGAAGGCCUACCAGAGGUUCAUGGACAAUCGCUCCAAAAUAAGCAAAUCCUGGACCGUGAAGCUGGAUGGUGUAGACUACAGGAUAGUGUUGGAAAAGGACACCAUGGAUGUUUGGUGCAAUGGACAACAAAUGGAGACUGUGGGGGAAUUUGCAGACGACGGCACGGAAACCCAGUUCGCGGUGGCGAACCACGAGUGUUGCAUCAAGGCCAUCAGUAGCGGGAAAAAGAAGCGUGGUCAUGGUGGCAUCAUGCAUAUUCUGCUGGUGGACGGAGGUGUGGUAUCCGAGGUCAUGCAAUGACCCCCAGGAUUCUGAUCACCAUGACCACGCCAUUAAAAGGAAUAUUGCGGAACCCCUGAAAGGAAUUCAUUUUGGGCCUCCACUUACUCCCUGCCCCACACUCCCCACUCCCUGCCUGCUUGUCUUGAUCUACGCCAAACCAUCACCCCUUAAUGGCAAUCAACCUCGCACACAAGACUAUAUAUGGGUGGCGUCAGAUCAGUAUUUACAAAGAAAUAACCAGAACGAUUUUCAGAGACAAAACUGUGGUACAAGAAUCAUAUCUUGUGUUGUUUCAGUAGAUUGACUGUAGUUGACUCAAGUUGCUUUCACUGUGCCAGCAAGCCAUGACUUUUUAAGGAACUCAGCCAUGCUUUUUCGGGUUAACAAUGUAUUUGUUUUGACAGCUUAUUCUUAUUC